CAGUGAAGGUCACUUCAACUAAACACACGAUCGAAGACAUCCAAACAUUUCUUGCAGAGAGCGUAAGGCCUUAGUUUAAUCCAACCAAUCGACUGCUGCAAUUUAUAAGCAUCGCUUGUAUCGAACUUAUAUUUUAUCAUCAAAAUGGUCGAUAUGAAAGCGUGUGUUGAAGUUACUUCAGAUGUAUUUCUCAUGCUUUUCACUGCCGUCUAUGAGGUGUUGAAGUCUUGGGUGAAAUUCUUCUACACACCACGUAAAGAUUUGACAGGUGAAGUUGUCCUACUUACUGGUGCAGCUGGACAUAUUGGUUCGUUACUUGCUGAAAAGUUAGUGCGAAAAGGAUGUAUCCUUGUUUUAUACGACAUCGAUGAGAAAAAUGUGCACGAACUUGCUAAUUCAUUAAAUUCAAACAAUAAAAAAACAGUAGCAUACGCGUUUAAAUGCGACAUAACCAAUCACAAUGAAGUAGAAAGUGUGUCAAACCACGUGAUCAACAACAUAGGGCAUCCAACAAUGCUUAUCAACAAUGCAGGCGUAGUGGCGGGAAAGUAUUUCACAGAAUUGACAAGCGCUGAUAUAUCGCGUACAUUUGAAGUGAAUGUGAUUUCGCACUAUACCUUAGUGAAGACAUUUUUACCGCACAUGUUAGAACAGAAUCAUGGUCAUAUUGUUUGUGUAUCCUCCAUUUUAGCCUUGGAUUCUUUAAGUGGCGUUUCAGAUUAUGGUCCAUCUAAAGCAGCAGCGUCUGUUUUCAUGCGUGCAUUGAGACAAGAAAUUCGAUUGCUUGGAAAAAAUAUCCAUUGUACAUCUAUAUUUCCAUACCAAAUCCACACUGAUAUGUUCAAAGGUUGCGCUGCACGAUUCUCAUAUGUACCAUUUUUAAACGUCCUCGAUCCGGAUUACGUAACAACAAAGAUGGUAGACGCUAUACAAAAAAACCAAAUCGUGCUUUACAUACCAAGAAUUUUAUACGCAGCAAUUGCUGUUAUGAAUGUAUUGCCAGUGUGUGCAUACGAUGCUUUAUAUGACUUUCUUCACACGAACACUGCUAUGAAAACAUGGGUGGGAAAAGGAAAGAAAGAAGAGUAGAAAAAAGCUGGACUGGUUUGUUUUAAUCAGUAAACAUGUUGCUUCCCGAAAUAGCUUCACAAUAUCUUUCAACAACAAAGUCAAAACGUAAUUUUUAUUUAACAAAUUUAGUCUGGCUACUGAUAUAUAUUUUUUCUUUGAGCAUGCGCAUUGCGUGUUUCUUACUCCGGUAAAAACGUUGACAUUCCCGGAAAAAGUUUAGUCCUGUUUUUUAUUUGUCGAUCAUGCUCUGUUCCUUUGGCCUAUAAAACAGGAAGAUGCUUUAUCCAAAAUGCCAUUCCGUGGUUUAAAAUUUACUCUUAUUCAAAAUACUUCGGCAUUAAAUAUGGCUUCCUUUAGCCGCACUUAUUACCCAGAUCCCCGAUUUACCCAGAUUUUAUUGCGGAAGUAGAUAUUUGGGUAAAACAGGAAAGAAAUGUUGAAUGAUGAUGUGUUUUUUUGGAAGAAAUUUAUUUACAUUUUUUACAAAACCAUUUCCUUCGUGACAAAGCUUGGACAUUCGCAAUGUUUGCACAUUUAUCGUGAAACCACUCCAUGCACUGAACAUUCCACCAUUUCAUCGUCCGUAUUGUAUGGCAUACGGCAAUCGCAAUAUAUUUCUACCAAAUUUGUUUUUUCGGCCUUAAAGUUCUCUUUCUUGCGCGUAGCUUACUUGGUAAGGGAGUCAUUUAACCAGCAUCUAGACAUGACUGAAGGUGUGGACGAAGAGAAUCAUUGCCAUAUAUCUUAUCGCAUGCGUUUUCACCGAAUGCUAAUGAUGUAGCAAAAGCAAUCGAAAACAGGCCGCAGUCAACUCCAUUUUUCUGUUGCUGAAGAGGCAUAACAUCGAUAACAAGUUCUUCUGAUUGGCAGUAAGAAAAGGCGGAAAUUUGAUUUGCAACAUCCACGGAAACGUUUCCACUUGUCAAGCUAUCAAAAAUUUGGCAAUACCUGUUGUCAAUUUUGUUGUUGUUGACAUUUGCCACGCAUAUCCAGUGCAAAGAACCAGCAUGAAGCAACUGGAUGUAAUUUUCUUCGUAUUUCACGAUGUCAAAACUUUGCGUCUUCCCAACAACCGUGUCUUGAAAUCCGCCUAUGGUUGGGAAUUGUGACACCAAAAGACUCUGCGAUGUUUAUUGACUCGUCAGUUAACAUUUGUUUGUUAACAAUGGCGCUUCUUUCUUCUUUAGAGAAAAGUAACUUCCUUCUUUUCGGCAAAGGAGUGUCACACUCAGACACAUGUGUUAUCAUAACUUCGUCAUCUUCAGGAGUGUCUUCGUCCUGUGGUAGUUAGAUAGAUGAGCAGAAAAUGGUCAGACUAAAACGGCAAAACGAGAAAUGGAAAAAUAAAUGCGCUUACUUUGAAGUCUGGGAAAAAGGCGAUGUCACGAAUUAUGAUUUUUGCUGGACAACCAAGUUUUUUCGAAUUUUGAACCAUAAACCGAGCCUUACUGUAUACCUUGCGAUGUGUUUGAGAAUCCUAUAGAUAAGAAAAAGGUUAUUAUUUUUCCUUUCUUUUUCCUUUUCAGAUUUCAAAGCAAAGGUAAAACAUACUUUUCCUUUGAUUUUUUCAUCCUGUAUUUUCUUCUUUUUUAAUAUGCCAUGAUCUACGCCGCGCGUGCAAUCUAGCGACUUUUUUCCAACAAUCACAAAAGGAGUUCCGGACCAAAGGAUUUGUUGGGGUGACUCCUUGUUCUUGAUAUCUUCGAAGAGAAUCUUGUGAUUUUUUAAAUUAAUAUCUAAAAAAUUAAGUUGGUAACACACACAAAGAUUUUCUUUUUUAAAGAAGACUACUGCUUUUUGUUUCUCUUGGUCAAAAGAUCAUUUUUUUUUAUUAUAACUUAAAACUCACCAGCAACUCCGAAUGAUUUAUCUUUUUGAUAAACAGAGAAAUGGGAUAAUGAUUUUAUCUCGAGAUUUCUAACUGCUACAUCGACAUCUUCCAUGGAUUCGAAUAUAUAUUUCUGUUUUUCUUUACAAUUUACAAAGUAUCCGGUGGAAAAAAAUUUUCGAUUUUGAUUUAUUUCUAGCUUUUAUUUUUUCUUUAUAAUAUCCAAGAAUAAUAAAAAAAAACUUUGACAACUUAUCAUCUAGAUUUUUAUUAUUCGUUUUAUUUAUUUCCAUUAUUGAACGAUGAUUACAGUUCGAAAGGUUUUAUUUUAGUUGAAAACUUCAACGGUAUACAAAAUCUCAAAAACACGUGCGUGUGCCUCCAGCAGGCUUUUUCCGCGAACUCCUGCUAAAUGCGCACCCAAUGCAUUUCGGUGUAUUACGCAACAAUACGUCAUAUUUGAAUGACGUAAUUCUAAUAAUAAUUUAAAUUUAAAACCACGGAAUGGCAUUUUGGAUAAAGCAUCUUCCUAUAAAACACAGGUUUUCCAUCACUUUUGACCAAUCAAGUCAAAGAUUUUCAAUUUUUUUUUCCAGACUACACGAUUUUAAUUGUUUUAUUUGUUUUAUUUGUUAUUUUUUAUUUGUAAGCGUUAUAAAUAGAAAAAUGCAAAAAGUAGUUG